AUGAGAAUUAGGAAUAAUAUUAACCCCUCUUGGAGUUAUUUAGAUAAUGAUAGUAGUAAUAAUUUUGGAAGAAUCUGGAUUGCUUGGGAUCCUAGAUUGCUUCAAGUCAAUUUACUUAGAUCUUCUCCUCAGGCUAUUUUCUUGGAAGUGGUUUUCUCUCCGAUGAUAAAUUUUGUUGCUACCUUUGUGUAUGUGGACAAUUACUAUAUGACUAGGAAUUCUCUUUGGGCUUCAAUUAUAGCCUUUGCAUCAAUAAAUACUAGGCCUCGGGUCCUGUUGGGUGAUUUUAACUCCUUACUUUAUCCUUCUGAUAAAUUGGGUGGCUCUCCUGUAAUGCCUAUUCAUUAUCAAGAUUUCUCAAGAUGUGUUCAGCUUUCUCAAAUAUUUGAUCUUCAGUUCUCUGGUUGCUUCUAUACUUGGACUAAUUGUCAGCUAGAUGGUGCAGUCAUUAGAUCAAAGUUGGACAGGGGUAUGGUUAAUCUGCAGUGGAUUCAACAAUUCCAGUUAUCUAAAGCAGAUUUCUUGCUGCCAGGUAUUUCAGACCAUUCUCCUUGUGUUGUUUUUAUCUUUGAACAAAGAAAGCAUGGCCCUCCUCCUUUUAGAUUCUAUAACUUUCUUUCCGAAGAAAAAGAUUUUAUGAAUGUGGUGAGAGGUGCUUGGAAUAUAACUGUUAGAGGUAACCCAAUGAUAGUUUUUGUUAUUAAAUUAAAAAAUGUCAAGCAUGCUAUUAUUCAUUGGAAGAAAGCAAGAUUUAAGAACAUGUCUGAACAAGUGCUUCAAGAUAAAGAUAAAAUGGAUAGUGCCCAACUUUUGCUUCAAACUCAUCCUUUAGAUUUUAAUCUAUCUAGAAGAGAAAGAAAGUAUGUUGUUGAAUAUGUUAAGAUAGAUAAAUAUGAAGAAUUUGUUGCCAAACAACAGUCUAGGAUUAAAUGGCUGGAUUUGGGUGACUCUAAUACUUCUUUUUUUCAUAACUCUCUAAAAGUUAGAAGAUCAAAAAAUAACAUAUUAUCUCUUUAUAAUAGUGAGAAUGUGAAGUUAGAAGAGGAUCAGGAUAUUGCUAAGGAGUAUAUAGCUUAUUAUUCUGAUUUGUUUGGAAGUGACCUUAAUGAAGAGGAUAACUCUACUUCUUUAUCUAGACUAAGAAUUGAUGCUUGUAUUCAACAAGAUGAUGUUGAAGACCUCAUAAAACCUGUGACAAGAGAAGAGGUUGUAGUUGCUUUACAUUAUAUUGGUUCUAGUAAGGUGGGGCCCUGA